AUGGCAGAACCAAAUCCAUUUAUUGUUACAGAAAAUGAAUUAAAAUAUCAUCAAACAAUUACAAAUGGACGAAAUAAACUUCAUGUUGAAAUGAAUCAAUUAUUAUUAACACCUGGUCUUUCUGUACCAUAUGAAUUACCAUUUGCUCUUUUAACAAAAAUUCCUAAUGAAAUAAAAACAACGGAUUAUAUUAAUGCUAUUAUUCAUCUUUAUCGUGGUGAAUUAGGUCGACAAAUAGCUUAUAGAAUUCGUCUCGAUACUACAACAAAUUGGGCUGUUACAACAACGGCUGGUCUCACCGUAUUAUCAUUAGGUCAAGAAGAAAUUCCCCAUUAUUUUCAUAUAUUAAUUGCAUUUUUUUUACUCUUAUUUUGUUUAAUUGAAUCAAGACGUUAUAGUUAUUAUGCUGUUAUUCAAUAUCGUGUUCAACAAAUAGAAAAAGGUUUUUAUGGACAAUAUAUAUUUGGACCAGAACGUAAUGAAAAUGGUCAAAUUAAAAAUAUUCAAUAUGAAAAUGAACAAUCAAAAAUAUUGCCAAAUCCUGCAUUAUGGAUGUGUGCAUUACAACAAUCUCUAUUACAUCCUCAUAAAAUUCAUUUACAACAUAUAUGGAACGGUUUUCAGAUAAGAAUGAAACGAGUUUAUUAUCCAUUAUUAUUAGGCACUUAUGUUGGAUGGGUAAUUAAAUUAUUUAUUUCACAUCAUAAAUUUAAUGAUAAAGGUCAUACACAUUUGGCAAUAUCGAUUGGUUGUUUAAUGAUUGUACUAAGUUUAUUUUUAUAUUAUAUUGGACCAUGUAUAGGAAAUUAUAAACAAUUGAAAUAUAUGGGAGAAAUUGAUAGAUGUUGGUCAAAAUCAUCAUUAUUAAAAAUUUUAUGCAAUAAAUAUGAAGGAGGAGGCAAAUUAAAACAUGAAUUAGAUGUGUAA